AUGGCGUCUACUCAAACCUCCAAGCAGCGCCUUGCGCUCGCUAUCUGCGAUUUCCUCACCUCUUCAUUGAACGACGGUACCCUUACCGCUGACGACAAGGACUCCAUGGAUGUCGCCAUCAACUGCAUCGCCGAAUGCUUCAAGGUCGACCCCUCCGACACCUCCGCCAUCCAAUCUGCCAUCGGAUCCCAGAACCUCCUCCAAAUCUACUCCGUCUUCGAGAAGGCCCGCGCUGACAAGCCUGCCGCCGCACCCGCGCCCGUCGAGCUUACUGAGGAGCAGAAGAAAGAGGCCGAGGCUCUGAAGUCUAAGGGUAACGCUGCCAUGGCCCAGAAGGACUACACUGCCGCCAUCAACUUCUACACUCAGGCUCUUGCUAUUAACGCUAGCAACGCUGUCUACCUUUCCAACCGCGCUGCCGCUCAUUCUGCCAACAAGGACCAUGCUUCCGCUCGCUCCGAUGCCGAGGCCGCUGUUGUCAUCGACCCCGCUUACACAAAGGCCUGGUCUCGUCUUGGCCUUGCCCGAUUCGCUCUUGGAGAUGCCCGUGGUGCUAUGGAGGCCUACGACCGUGGUAUCCAGCACGAGGGUAACGGUGGCUCUGAUGCCAUGAAGAAGGGUUACGAGACGGCUAAGCGCCGUGUUCAGGAGAUGGAGGCUGAGGAGGACUCUCUUCCCCGUGCUUCUCCCAGCGCUGGCAACGAUGCUAACGCCGGUGGCAUGCCUGAUCUCGGCAACCUUGCCAGCAUGUUCGGCGGCGGCGGCGCUGGUGGUGCCGGUGGUGCUGGUGGCAUGCCCGAUCUUGGUAGCAUUAUGAGCAACCCCAUGUUCGCCAACAUGGCCCAGAAGCUCAUGAGCAACCCCGACAUGAUGAGCAACUUGAUGAACAACCCCCGUCUUCGUGAUAUGGCCAACCAAUACUCCUCCGGCGGUGGUAUGCCCGACUUCAACAGCAUCAUGUCAGACCCUGCGAUCGGAGAUCUUGCUCGAUCAAUGAUGGGUGGCGCUGGAGGCAACCCCUUCGGCGGUGCUGGAGGUGCUGGAGGUGCUGGAGGUGCUGGAGGCGCCGGCGGUGCCAGCGGCCAGCAGGGAGGUGCGCAACAGUAA